UAUCUUAGGCGUUUGAAAGUAGGGUUUUCAUUGUAUCUCUUCUCCUCCCACCUUUUAAACCCUCGUAUGCACUAGCGACCGACUUUAGACCUUCUUACAGAGCUGAAGCUAGGGAGCCCGUUAAUUCUCUCUACUGAGCUUUUUCCAAGAUGUACACUGCAUUGCAAAAGAUUCACAAGGACAAGGAUGCUGAGCCCACUGAGUUUGAGGAAUCUGUUGCUCAGGCUCUGUUCGACUUGGAAAGUACAAAUCAAGAGAUUAAGAGUGACUUGAAAGAUCUCUACAUCAACUCUGCCAUGCAAAUUGAUGUUUCUGGAAACAAGAAGGCUGUUGUGAUCCAUGUUCCUUAUCGUCUUAGGAAAGCUUUUCGCAAGAUUCAUCCUAGACUAGUGAGAGAGCUUGAGAAGAAGUUCAGUGGGAAGGAAGUCGUUCUCAUUGCUACCCGAAGAAUAUUGCGGCCACCAAAGAAGGGUUCUGCCGCUCAGAGGCCUCGGACCCGUACACUUACAGCUGUCCAUGAGGCUAUGCUUGAGGAUAUAGUUUAUCCUGCUGAAAUUGUUGGAAAGCGUGUUAGAUACAGGCUCGAUGGAUCAAAGAUAAUGAAGGUUUACUUGGAUCCCAAAGCAAAGAAUGACACUGAAACUAAGCUGGAGACGUUUGCUGGAGUCUACAGAAAGCUUUCAGGGAGAGAUGUUGUCUUCGAAUUUCCGAUCACUGAGGCCUGAAAGUCUGAGCUUUCUUGCAGUGCUUAUUUAUUAAAAUCGCUAUAUUUUUGCAUUUAGUAUGUGAAUUUUGAUGUUUUGACAUGCAAUUAAUUAUUCAAGAGUUGCUUCGAUUUCCGUGCGGUCAUUUGGUUGUAGAAAAACAAGUGUUCUGUUGAAGUUACAUCUGUUGCAAAAUCUUCAAAAAUCAAGUUUUAGUGAUCUCGACUAGACAGUUAGUUCUAUACAUGGCUAUGUAUUGGCAUGCUU